CACCAUGGAGAGAGCUUGUAAUAAGAUUUUUCAUUAUAUCUCAUUAUUGGCGUAAUAAAUAAGUGAAACUCAUAAUUUCAUCAUGUCAAUGAUGAAACGCAAGAUCAUCUAUGUGCUAGAUCAUAAUGGUAUCGCAUUGUCCUGCUAACAUCUACCAAAACGAAAUAUAUUUGUAUUUUAUUACUUGUUGUUUUUUUAGCAUUUCAGAAUGAAUGGAGGAAUGGAGCAUAAAACUCCAGGACACAAUGCAGUGCUCCACAAAGCACCCAAAAACUAUAAACUGCUUAUGGACCCAUUUCUUAUGAAGGGAGCAACUAAACUGUAUAGAUAUGAUGGUUGUGUACCUGGAGAUUCCACCUAUCCUCCUGUACAAUGCAGAGAUCCUCGGUCACAGCUCUCAAGAAUAUGGAAUAGAUUAGAACCAGCAGAUUUACCAGUUCCUAGGUUUAAAAUAGAUAAAAAUUAUGUGGGUACUCCACCUCUGCUAGAAAUAACUAUAGGAAAUCUUAAUGACAACAUAGAUAGAGGAUUUUUAGCAGACAUGAUGAACAAAGUGGGCCCUUAUGAGGAAUUGACAAUAUUUUAUCAUCCACUAACAAACAGGCAUUUAGGAUUUGCAAGAGUAGUAUUUCAGGAUGUUAAAUAUUCAAAGUUGUGUAUAGACAAGUAUAAUGGCAAGUCGGUUAUGGGCCAGGUGCUUGAUGUCUUCCAUGAUCCGUUUGGCAAGCGCUGCCAAGAGAUGUUCGAGGAUAAGACUAUGGAGAAGAAGGUGCACAUGUCGAUGACUCUAGCCAAACCCCCGUUGCUCGUUGAAGAUGUGAGGGCACAGAAGUUGGACCCAACACUCAGCAAGCGGUUAGAGGAGACGAAAAUUGUUGAAAAGGAGCCGUACCCUCCUCGCUUCAAAGACGUGGAGCACAGUGACAGCAACACGCGGUGGUCGGACGAAGAGCGCGAGUACCGCCACCGCUACCGCAGCCGCGGCGACCGCGAUCGAGACCGGGACCGGGACCGGGAUAGGGACCGAGAGCGGGAUAGAGACCGUGACCGCGACCGGGAGCGGGAGAAAGAGCGUGAUAGAGGGGAUAGAGAGAGGCACCGAGAGCGGCACAGUCGCGUCGUGAGCGAGACCGAGUCUACGUAUACGUCAUCGAGCCACCCGCCUGAAGUUCCGUAUACGCCGGCUGGUCCGGUACCCUACGACUCCUACUACCAGUCCAGCUACAGCUACACGUACGGCGCGGGCGCGCCCGGCGGCAGCGGCAUGGCGUGGUGGGGCGACUGGCGGCACCCGCACCACACUGCCCACCACCACUCGCACCUGGAGCGGUCGAGUCGGUCGAGCGCGACGCCCGCAUGGUCGGGCGCCACUCCCGCGCAGCGCGACCUCUCGCCGGAGGAGAAAAGAGAGAAGGAAAAGGAGCCGCCGGUGGACACCAAGAUCGUGGAAGCAGCGGAGGCGCGGCCACCGGAUGACGUUGUGGACAGCAAGGAGCCCGAACCCAAGCCGCCGCCGCCUGCUGAGGAACCCAAAAAUGUGGAUCUUGACACCAGGAUAGCGAUGUUGCUCAAAGGCGCAAGCGGGGGCGGAGGCCUGGCGCCUCCCUUCCUAGCGCUGGGUAUAUCGUCUGAAGAGGAGGACGACGAGAGGAUCCCGGCCAAUAUACCAGACCUCGAUGCUCCCCAGCCGCCCUCGGACGAUGACGGAUCCGGUAGUGAAGAUCGGAACAGUAUAAUAUCAAUAAACCCGAAGAAAGACAUCGACCCGGAGCCGCUAUCAAAUACGCCUUCACCGUACCUAUCUCGGGAGUUCUACCUUGAGUGCCUCAAAGUGACUGUUGAAUGGAAGUCAAAGAAGGAGGAGCGGCGGCGCUUCCCAGCUAUGGACAAAAUCGGUUCCGACAUUUCGUCGUCGGAAGAUGAGCUACUGACUGGCGAAGAGCCGCGCCGAUCGCCGCUUGCGCCCCCCGACAAGGAGAGAGACAACUUGGAUGACGAUCAGAUGUCUCUGUCCUCGCUGUCGUCGACGGAGGCCAAGAUCGAGGAGCAAGUACCAGCUGAAGCGUACUACGGGCCGCCGCCUGCGCACCCGCACUAUUAUCAACCCGUGUGGCCGCCCACCGCGUACCCGCCUCCUGCAUAUGGUGCGCCGGACAUGUCUCUAGCAUACGGCGGCGGGUUCGCGGCGCCGCCCAUACUGCCGCACCACUACCAGCCGUAUCCUGAGCCCGCUGUGACGCAGCAGGAACUAGACAACCCGUACUACCCAACAAUAAACAGCAUAAUCGAGCGGGUGACGUCAGAACUGAAGCACAUCCUGAAACGGGAUUUCAACAAGAAGAUGAUCGAAAGCACCGCGUUCAAAAGUUUUGAACUGUGGUGGGACGAGCAGAGUCGAAAGGCGCGCUUAGCCAAACCUAAGGAGGAGGCGGGACAACCUGGCGAGCCGCUUAAAGACAUCUCAAACAAGAAAGAAGAGACCGCAGUGGACUCAAUAAAAUCCAUUAUGGAGUCUCGAGACCUCGGUCUAGAGCUGGGAGGCUACAGCAUCGGCAUAGGGCUGGGUCUUCGCGCCGCAAUCCCCAAGAUGCCCAGCUUCCGGCGCAAGCGGAAGAUUCCCUCGCCCGUUGUUAUGGACGAGGACUCUUCCAAGAGGCUGAGCGAUCAGGAGGAGAUGGUGCAGAAUUCGGACGAGGAGAAGGAGGUGCCGUCGGCCAGCCCGCACAACAGGAACGCCGGCUCGUACCUGUCGCGGAGCCGACGGAGGCAGUCCAGCAGUUCUUCCAGGUCAUCAUCGUCGUCAUCAAGCCGGUCGUCGUCAUCAUCAGGCUCGGAGCGCAAGCCGGCCGCGCCGCGGAUAUAUUCAGAUACCGAUGACGACUCGGAAAUCGACGAGUCACAGUUCAAGGUGGUAUCAAACAAGGAGAGGCUGCGGCGGGUGUAUUCUUCAUCAGACAGCGAAGAAGAACAACGGCGGCGCGAGAAGACUCCCAUCCCCGACGUCGACGCGUUCGAAGUGGACGAGCGCCUGUCGCCCGCGCGCUCGCCGCCGCGCGACACGCUGCUCGACCGCAUCUACUCCGACUCCGAGGAGGAGCGCGAGUACCAGGAAAGAAGAAGAAGAAAUACGGAGUAUAUGGAGCAAAUCGAACGGGAGUUCUUCGAGGAGCAACAGAAAAGUUUGGAGACGAAUACGACGCGCCCGCAGCCCGAAAAACCGCCCGACGAAAGUAUACCAGAACCGAAGAAGAAAGAAGAGGAAGUCACGAAUGCAGUCAAAAACCAUCUCAAAUCACCCGAAAAGAAAGAGACGAAAAGAGAACCCAAACCGGAAGUGGAAGAGGGAGAGAUUACGUCCGAAGAGGAGCCCCAGCCGGCGCGGAGGAAGAAGGAAAAGAGGAAGACCAAGAAGACCGAGAAGAGACAGAGGAUAGUGUCCGUCAGCGACCACAGCAAUACGGAAACCACCGUCAGCGUCAAUGGGGUUAAAGAGGCGAGCAGUGCACAAUCGGAGACGUGGUCACCCGCGUCGCAAGCAUCGCAGGCCUCCCAGGCGUCGCAGGUGGCGCUCGACCACUCGUACUGCCGCCCGCCGCCCGACGCGGGCACCAGGCGCGCCUCCAACCAUCUGCAGCACGACCAUGGUUACACUUGGAUGGAGGAACCGGAGAGCGAAGCGCCGGCGGUGGAAGAAGCGAAACCCAAGAAGGACGCCAAGCGGCCCUACAAGCGGAAACACGAAACCAAGAAGCUGGCAGAGAUACAGAACAAGUACGUUUUAGAAAGGACAAUGGGCAAAAUGAUAAAAGAAGUAAAAGAAAUAGAAAAGAAAGAAGAAAAACCGAUCCAAGAAGAAAUCAAAAUAAAAUCUCCGACGCCUGACAAGAAAGUUGAGAAAAAAGUAAAAGAAAGCCCUAGGAAAGAAAAAAGAAAACAUAGGGAUAGGAAAAAAGAAUACAAAUCUAAGUCGGAGAGCAAAGAGUCUAAGAGAGUGGAGCGGAGUGUAGAUAGAGAGAAGAAAAAAGACAGAGACGGGGAGAAAGAGAAAAAGAAACGAAGGUAUAGCAGAGAGGAGUUGGACAGUGAGAUUAUAUCGCUUGUCGACACUACAGACGAUCUGAUUGAUUUGACUGGCGACCAGGAUUGUAAAGGUGAAUCAGACGCGCGCUCCAGCGACCGCGCCAAGCAACAGGCGCGCCGGCGCCGCGCCGCCGAGUUCCUGAAGAAAGUCGGCGUGGACCCCGCCGCCGCUGCGUUGCCUACAUCUUCUUUAGCCAGCGCCAUGGUGGACACAUUGGAAUCGUUGCGAAAGAAGAAAGCCGAAGAGGAGGAGAAACGGAGAAAACGCGAGAAGAGACGUCAUCGAGACAGAUACGAUUAUGAAAAUGGAUCUGAAAGGUCUCACAGAAAAAGCAAACGCAGAAAGAACAAGUCAUCAGAAGAAAAUGACGAGUCGGAUUAUGACGGCACCAAAAAGAAGAAACGAAAGAAGGAAAGACGACACGCCUCCAAAAGCAAAAAGCGGAGGCGACGAGACGAACCAAUGGAGGAGGAAGAAGGAGAAAUUGACCACCCCAUCAAUAUUGACCUCACGAGCACUCUAAAGGAACUCAGGAACGCUUCCCCCACCAAAGAACUGGUACAAGACAUUGAUGACAACACGCAGCAAAGCUUUGUAAGACAGGAAGACUCCUCGGAGGAUGAGAAUGGAGAAGUGAGAAGGGACAGAAGAAGGAAGAAAGAAGAUAGGGAGUAUAGUGAGGGAGAGUGGUCUAGCGAUACCGAGCAGGACUCCGGGUCGUCUUAUAGUGGGAAAGAAGAAUGAUAAUCAGGUACACCAACGACAAAUAUUCCCC